UUUGCCUUGCUCAUCCUCCGCUGGGGCAGCAUCUCCUGGGUGUAGCUACGUAUCCAGCGUCCCCCCCCCGCAGCGCCUUCCUCGGCCAGGGGAUCUAGGGGUCCUUCCUCCAGCCCCCCCAGUUCUGCAGCAGCCGCCCCCCCGCACAGACACACCAUGGCUAUCGAGAAAGAGAAGAAAACCUGCGGGCAAGUCAUGGCGGAGUGGCGAGAAGCCAUCUGGAAUCCGCGCACCCACCAAUUUAUGGGGCGCACCGGCAGCAGUUGGGCCUUGAUCCUGUUCUUCUACCUGGUGUUCUACGGUUUCCUCACGGCGCUUUUCACGCUCACCAUGUGGGUCAUGCUGCAGACGGUCGACCCCUACAUCCCCAAGUACCAGGACCGCCUCUCCGUGCCCGGGAUGAUGAUCCGCCCCAAGACAGACACCCUGGACGUGACUUUUAACGUCAGCAACACGGAGACCUGGGACCGUUACGUCAAGAUGCUGAAUGACUUCCUGGAGCCCUACAACGACUCCAUCCAGGCAGCCACCAACGACGCGUGUCGCCCGGGCCGCUACAACGAGCAGCCGGACAACGGGGUGCUGAAUUACCCCAAGCGGGCCUGCCAGUUCAACCGCACGGCGCUGGGCGCCUGUUCGGGCCUCAACGACCCCACCCACUACGGCUACGCCGACGGCCGGCCUUGCAUCCUCAUCAAAAUGAACCGGGUCAUCAACUUCUUUGCAGGGGCCAACCAGACCAUGAACGUCACCUGCGCCGCGAAGAAAGAGGAGGAUGCACAGAAGUUGGGGGAGAUGGUGAUGUACCCCCCAAAUGGUCACAUCGACCUCAUGUAUUUUCCCUACUACGGCAAGAAAGUCCAUGUGAACUACACCCAGCCCAUCGUGGCCGUCAAGUUCCUAACCCUGGAGGCCAACGUGGACCACUACGUGGAGUGUAAGAUCAACGCGGUGAACAUCGCCACCACCGACGAGCGGGACAAAUUCGCUGGCCGCGUGGCCUUCAAGAUCCGGGUCAACAGGGACUAAGCCCCGCCUCCUCUGCCCCUCCCCCACCUUUCCCGGGGCUCCGCCCCCAAAUGGGCAGGGCUUAAUGGAGGAGGAGGAGCCAGCUUUCGUCAGGGGAGGCGCCCCCAGCACAUUCUGGGCGGGGCUUGAUGGUGGAGGAGGGGCCUAUUUCAUUGGGGAGGGGGACCCCCCUGGGAUUUGAUUUUAUUUUUUUGCGGGAGCUGGGGGGGGGUGUUUGCUCUUGAAAUCGUCCUGCUGAGAAUCCUAGGAUGACUAACCUGGCUCUUUGGCCAUUUUAGUGACCUUCCCUGUCCCCCCCCGCACCCCAAUUCUGCCCCCCCACCCCAAAACAUACUGAUUACUCUGAAGGGUCUGGUACCACCUUACACCCCUCCCCUCAAUCUUUUGGAAUGCUACGUCUCUUAGAUCUCUUCUAAUGCCCCUUCCCCCCCUUUUAUUGGGGGGGGGGAGCUCAGAACCUGUGACCCCCCCCUUUCUCCUGCCCCUUGAAAUCCCAUUGAGAUGUUUCCUAAUAUAAUAAUAAAUGUAUAUAGAUAUUUUUUAUAUAUAUAUAUAUUAAAAAUUAAGGUACGGCCAAGACCUCUAUUCCCCCCCCAUGCACCCCUCCCCGCACACUUCUGCCCGCUCCCCGUUUUCCAUCCUCCACCCCACACCCCUACAAUAGACGUUGAGAUUUGGUGCGUUUGUCUUGAGCUGGCGGCCAUUUUGUUUCCCUGAGCUAGUAGGUGGCAGGGUUGAGUGGAGGGAUGUAGGCCGGGAAAUUGGAAUGACCCCACUUCCGCGGCCAGCCGUACGACCGCCGUUGUCCCCGUAGGUUAGAAAACAAAAUGGCUGAACAGUGGUUGCCCGAUUGUGGGAUAGCAACCAUUGUCCGUGUCGGUUGGGAAUCAAAAUGGCUGCCAUUCCGCAGCCAAUGACGUGGCUGCCCUCAUCUGUGUAGACCGGGAAUCAAAAUGGCCGCCAUUCCACAGCCAAUGACGUGGCUGUCCUCAUCCGUGUAGACCGGGAAUCAAAAUGGCCGCCAUUCCGCAGCCAAUGACGUGGCUGUCCUCAUCCGUGUAGACCGGGAAUCAAAAUGGCCACCAUUCCGCAGCCAAUGACGUGGCUGCCCUCAUCCGUGUAGACCGGGAAUCAAAAUGGCCGCCAUUCCGCAGCCAAUGACGUGGCUGCCCUCAUCCGUGUAGACCGGGAAUCAAAAUGGCCACCAUUCCGCAGCCAACGAUGUGCCUGCCCUCAUCCGUGUAGACCGGGAAUCAAAAUGGCCACCAUUCCGCAGCCAACGACGUGGUUGCCCUUGUCCCCGCAUAGGCCGUGAAUCAAAAUGGCCGCCAUUCCGCAGCCAACGACGUGGUUGCCCUUGUCCCCGCAUAGGCCGGGAAUCAAAAUGGCUGCCAUUCCGCAGCCAACGACGUGGUUGCCCUUGUCCCCGCGUAGGCCGGGAAUCAAAAUGGCCGCCAUUCCGCAGCCAACGAUGUGCCUGCCCUCAUCCGUGUAGACCGGGAAUCAAAAUGGCCACCAUUCCGCAGCCAACGACGUGGUUGCCCUUGUCCCCGCAUAGGCCGUGAAUCAAAAUGGCCGCCAUUCCGCAGCCAACGACGUGGUUGCCCUUGUCCCCGCAUAGGCCGGGAAUCAAAAUGGCUGCCAUUCCGCAGCCAACGACGUGGUUCCCCUUGUCCAUAUAGGCUGCGAAUCAAAAUGGCUGGACAACAGCUGCGGAAUGUCCACCAUUUUGACCCCCUGCCCUGCAAAAGAGACACGGCGGCCAUUGUCGGGGUAGGCCUGGAAUCAAAAUGGCUGCCAUCAGCUGUGGAAAUGUGGCCAUUUUGUUUCUUAGCCUCUGCGGCAAAAAGUCUGGCCAACCUGACUGGGGCAUGUGGGCCAGGAAAGGAAAAUGGCUGCCAUUUUCAGCCGACGUUUGGCUCUGUCUGUGAAAAAACAAAAUGGCUGCUGUAGUCAAAGGCUUGACAUAGCCUCUGAGGAACGGUCGCCAUUUUGAAUCUUGGUAUUCAUGGCCAAAAGCUUGGCUGUGUAAUGGUGGCCAUCUUGGAUUCCUGGCCUCCGUGGCUAAUGGCUGCCAUGUUGGGCUGUGCGAUGGUGGCCAUCUUGGAUUCCUGGCCGACAGAACUGAGGCCGCCAUAUUGGGCUGUAACCUUUCCAGCACCUCCUUCUAAGUCGUACCCCUGCUUCCUACCAAUGUGACCCCUUUCCUCAUCUUAGGGUCUGUCUUCCUCUUUUAAUGUACAGUUAUUUUUAAUCUGUCUUUUCGCUUAAUGCGGCAUCUGCACUGAGACAAGACUUGCCCCCCCCCUCCUCAGCAUCCUGGGAAAUUCCUUGCACCCCCUUAACUCUGCCCUUGAAACAGCUGACGCAAACGUUGCCUGUAUUAGACUCCUGCCUGGUCUCUAGUCUUCUCUGCUGUUGUCUGUAAACCACAAGAGAAACAAUUCCCUUUUAUUUGGAACUGGAAGUAAUUUUUUAAAAAUAAUUAAAUCCCCCUUCCUCCCCCCAUUUUCCUAAUGCUGCAUCCUUGAGAUCACUGUAUGAAUGAAAUAACAACUCCUUUGCUUUUUAACUUUUUAUUAUUAUUAUUAUUAUUAUUCUGGUUCGUUUUUAUUUGCAGAAUUAUUUAAUUGCCUGUAUCGGAUCCACUGUAAAAGGUGAGAAGAAAUAAAACAAAAAAACCCACCCUUAAAAACUA